AUGGAGCAAGUGAAGUACGUUCACACCAAUGGUGGAUUCGAGAUGUGCCAACUCGUAUCCAAUUCUGGUGAAGUUUUACGUAAACUUGGAGUACCGCAACAAGUUGCAACCAAGAACUUGAGUCUGGACUCGGAAUCGGAACGGGUUUUGGGAAUGUUCUGGGUUCCCAGUAGUGACACAUUUACGUUCAUAUCACCAUCGAAAGCUGAAUUGGCGAGUCUAGACAGUCUAUCGUUAAUUCCUACGAAAAGACAGGUACUGCGGAUAAUAAUGAGUAUUUUUGACCCAUUAGGUUUGAUAUCCCACUACGUAAUCCAUGGUAAAGCCCUCAUGCAGCAUAUCUGGCGAGCUGGGACAAACUGGGAUGAACACAUCCCAGAGCAUUUGCAGGAUAAUUGGAAAACGUGGCAGCAAUAUCUUAAAUGUCUCAAUGAUAUCCAGAUUCCUCGAUGUCUUCUGGGAUGCACUCGGUCAGAUCCAUCCAGAGUAUCGGAACUUCACGCGUUCGUAGAUGCGAGUCGACAAGCUUACGCCUGUGCCAUAUACCUUCGUACUGUAGGAGAAAGUGGAGUUGAGUGUUCCCUCAUCAUAGCCAAAAGUAAAGUAGCCCCAUUAAAGCCCGUAUCCAUACCGAGAUUGGAAUUGCAGGCGGCGUUUAUCGGAGCCCGUGUGAUGGAAAACGUUUGUCAACAGCUUACAAUUCCAAUCAGUAGAAGAAUAUUUUGGUCGGACUCGUGUACAGUGCUUGCUUGGUUGAAUUCAAAUACAUUCCGUUAUCAUCAAUACGUAGCAUUCCGUAUCGGUGAGAUACUAUCCACAACCAAGGUAGAUGAAUGGAGGUAUGUGCCAUCGGCUCAAAAUGUGGCAGACGACGCCACAAAAUGGAAAGCUGGUCCGGAUCUUAGCAAGACAAGUCUUUGGUUCAAUGGACCCAAAUUCCUUCGUUUAUCAGAAACUCAAUGGCCGGCUAAACAAAAACCUCCAGAGACCGCAGCAGAACAAGUACAACACCUUUUCCAUCAUCAAGAAGAGCUACAUGACCCGCUUAUAGAUGUAACUCGCUUUUCAAGUUGGCAUCGCUUGCAGAGGACGACUGCGUACGUGUGCAAAGCAGUAAGACUGUUUAAGAAACCUAACCUCAACGCUAAAUUUCGAGGAAUGCUGACUUCGGAGGAGUUCGCUGAGGCGGAUAAUUUAUUAUGGCGACUGGCACAGAAGGAAGUUUUUCACCAGGAAUAUUCGCUUCUAAAGAUGAACAGCGAUAGAGGGACCGAAACAAUGGUAGACAAAUCAAGUCAACUCUACAAACUGUCUCCGUUCAUGGAUGAGUCAGGGGUCGUUCGAAUGGGCAGCCGUAUUGGGGCUGCGCCAUUCGCCCCAUACGAAGCUAAGUAUCCCAUUAUAUUGCCCAAAAAGCAUCCGAUAACUUUCCUUCUCACUGACAGCUACCACCGACGUCUAUUACAUGCCAAUAAUGAGACAAUCUUCAAUGACAUGAGACAGCGAUUUUACAUCCCUGCUAUGCGACGGCUGAUAAGAAGAGUAGCAAAUGAUUGCCAAAGAUGCAAGAACUUUAAGGCUAUACCUCGGAUUCCCCGGAUGGCCCCGUUACCAAGAGCACGACUGACCCCAUUCGUCAAGCCGUUUUCCUUUGUCGGCAUCGACUACUUUGGGCCGAUGCUGAUCAAGGUAGGAAGAAACCAAGUCAAGCGCUGGGUGGCGUUAUUUACAUGCUUGACCAUCAGGGCGGUACAUAUGGAGGUCGUCCAUUCACUAUCAACGCAAUCGUGUAUAAUGGCAUUUCGACGGUUUAUCGCACGACGAGGCGCGCCCCUCGAAAUAUAUAGUGAUAACGGCACUUGUUUCGUCGGAGCGAGCCGGCAACUGAAAAAGGAGAUGGAAAAGAUCAACGAAAGUUGCGCAGUAACAUUCACUAAUGCACGUACAAAGUGGAUAUUCAAUCCACCCGCAGCGCCACAUAUGGGCGGGCUGUGGGAGAGGAUGGUGCGCUCCGUAAAAACAGCAAUGUUUGCUAUCGAGAACGGAUUGCGACUACCUAACGAAGAGACUUUUGAAACCAUUGUACUCGAAGCCGAAGCAGUUGUCAAUUCACGGCCUCUAACCUACAUCGCUCUCGAUUCCGCUGACCAGGAGGCACUGACACCUAACCACUUUUUACUGUAUGGGACCCAAGGAGUAAAUCAACCAGUACAGAUAGUGAGUCUGCGUAGUGUAUUGAGGGAUAGCUGGAAGUUGGCUCAAUGGAUGAUAGACGAAUUUUGGCGACGUUGGACUAAAGAGUACCUUCCGGUACUAGCUAGGCGAUCCAAAUGGUUUGAGCCCGUGAAACCAAUUCAAGUGGGAGAUAUAGUCAUCGUAGUGGAAGAUACGGCAAGAAAUCAAUGGCUCAGAGGCAAGAUCGUGGAAGUUUUCGUAGCUGCAGAUGGUCAAGGCAGGAAAGCGAGAAUCCAGACGGCGAAAGGGAUCAUUUUGCGACCGUCAGCGAAGAUCGCAGUCCUGGACGUCUUCGGUAGCCCCGGGCCACACGGGUCGGGGAAUGUAACGACUACCACCGGGUCAUCAGCGAAUGAUGGUGCUACCGGGCACUCCCUCGACUGUAUGACAGAUCACGUCAAGAACACCAACCGUAAAAGUGGAAACCAAGAUCAAUUUCCGCCUGAUUACACUCGAGAAUAG